AUGACUUCUCCGGACGCCCCAGUCGAUACCGCUCCCACCACCACCGCCGCAGAUAUCCCCGAUACCGCCGCCCCCGCGCCGAAGCAGCCCCGAAAGCGCUUCGUCGGCAAACGAACCGCCACCGAGCUACAAACCCAAAAAGCUACCAGCACGAGCACGGGUAUUGAAGAAGGCGAUGCCCUCCAACUCUCCGCCAAACCCCGCCGCACCGGCGGCCGCGCAAUAAACCAGAUCCCCCCCGAAAUCCUCCACGAUGAGGCCCUAAACGCCGCCAUCACCCUCCUGCCGCCCAACUACAACUUCGAAAUCCACAAGACCAUCCAUCACAUCCGCAAGACCUCGGCGACGCGGGUGGCCCUGCAGAUGCCCGAGGGCCUCCUCCUCUUCGCCUGCACCCUCGCCGACAUCAUCGAGACCUUCUGCCCCGGCGUCGAAACCCUCAUCAUGGGUGACGUCACAUACGGCGCAUGCUGCAUCGACGACUACACCGCCCGCGCCCUCGGCUGUGACCUCCUCGUCCACUACGCACACUCGUGUCUAAUCCCCGUGGACGUGACCGAGAUAAAGACGCUCUACAUCUUUGUCACUAUCGGUAUCGAUGUCACGCAUCUCGUGGACACGAUAGAGCGCAACUUUGCUGCGCCGAAGCAUCUGGCCCUCGUGGGGACGAUACAGUUUAAUGCCGCCAUCCACGCCGCGCGACAACCGUUAGAGGCAGCGGGAUACACACUAACAGUCCCACAGAUUAUGCCGCUAUCAAAAGGCGAGAUCCUGGGCUGCACCAGCCCCCAAAUCAACACCAAGGAGGUCGACGCACUCAUCUACGUCGGCGACGGGCGCUUCCACCUUGAAUCCGCCAUGAUCCAGAACCCGACGCUGUCCAGUCACCGCUACGACCCGUACUCCCGCCGCUUCACCGUCGAGAACUACAAUCACGACGAGCUGUACAGCCUGCGACGGGCUGCAAUCGCCACGGCGCAGAAGGCGCGGAAAUAUGGGCUGAUCCUCGGAACGCUAGGGCGGCAGGGAAAUGCACAUACAGUGGAAAGGUUGGAGGAGCGGUUACGGGUGCUGGGGAUCCCAUAUGUAGUUGUGUUGCUGUCCGAGAUCUUUCCGGGGAAGCUGGGGAUGAUGAAGGAUGUGGAGGCGUGGGUACAGGUGGCCUGUCCAAGGUUGAGCAUUGAUUGGGGGUAUGCGUUUGAGCGGCCAUUGCUGAGUCCGUAUGAGGCAACAAUUGCGCUGGGAUUGAGGGAGGAGCAGUGGGGUGUGGGCGGGGAGGGGUAUAAGAUGGAUUUUUAUGCGAAAGAGGGAUUGGGGAGGACAAAGAGGGGGGAGGGGCUGCCGGGGUUGGGGGUAUAG